AAAGAAAACUAUAUAAAUAUCGUAUCGUAAUUAUACUAACUUUUACAUAUUCCAUUUCAAUUAUAUUUUUUUCAUUUUAUACACAAUUCUUAUUUGAAAGGCAGUACUUCACGUACGAAUGCUCGAAGAUUGCUCGUUCUAAUAGAUGUGCUGUGAGCACUGCUUUCGAUUACUCCGUUUUCUUUGCAAAUCAUUUUCUUAAUUAAUUUCAACUAUACAACAAAAUAUAGAAACAAAAUUUUUUUGUUUCUGUUGUGAAUAAUUAAGCCCCGGAUCAUCGAAAUAGCAAGAGAAUCUUGCUUUUAAAUACGUUUAUCUUGGGACAGGUUGGGUUUAUAAUCUCGGCGAAGUGAAAGUACGUAAUAAUAGUCUAUUAAAGAGAAAGGAUUGAAGAUUGUACAAUCGAAUGAAGAUGCACGUUGUCAACGUUUUUUUACGGCGAACAUAGCAACCAGAAAUUUAAUGGCACGUGGGCAACAGAAAAUUCAAUCACAAGCCAAAGCAGCUGAGAAAGCUGCAAAAGUAAAAAAACAACAAGGACAUAGUGCUAAUGAGCAAAAAAAGGCUGCACAGAAAGCUUUAGUUCAUGUGUGCAUAGUUUGUAAGGCACAAAUGCCAGAUCCAAAGACAUAUAAACAACACUUUGAGAAUAAACAUCCUAAGAAUGAUUUACCAGAAGAUUUAAAAAAUAUAUGAGAGUAACAUGUUGCACAAGCAUGCAGGUUGGGAUGGAGAGAGCAACAAAAAAAUUAUUACAAAUGACAAAGUGAUAUAGUUCAACAUUCAACUAUUAAAUAGUCACAAACAAGAAAAAUAAAUUAAAUCUUGUUAGUGUUUAAAAUGAACUAUCGCACAGUUAACAAUUGAAUUUUUGUGCACAGCUCCAAAUUGUAAUAUUAUUGAUAAUUCAUUUGUAAAACAAAAUUGUUCAUUUUUUUCCAAAGAUACUCAAUAAUGUUCAUCUAAUACAUGAUCACUAAGUUUUCAUUUGAUUGAAAUAUGUAUAUUGUUAAAAAAUAAAGUUAAUCAAUUUAGCAGAAUAA